AGCCACUGCACCUGGCCCGAGAAGUAUCUUGUAUUUACAUAUUGCAAUGACUCUUCACACUAAACCAUCAUACCCUCCAGUUCUGAAUUUCUCUUGAGCUUCACAAUGUUAUUCUGAGCAUGGAAGCAAUAUAAUUUAACUAUAAUUUAUAAAGCUGAAUAAAGUUGUACAUAUAUAAUGCCCAGCAGCAGGUACUUCAAACUCUACAUAUCCCAAAACUCAAAGUUUUUUUUUCCAUCAAAUCUGCGCCUCCUCAAUAUUUUCACCUUCAGUAGCAGAAAUUUUUCACCCAUGACUUUUCUUUCCCAUUCACCAAAUUUUAAAAUUCCUCCAUCACAAAUGCCUCUUCUGCCACCUCUUUUUAAUUUCCACUAGUCCUGACCAUGUGCAGGUCAUAAUUAUCUGCCUCUCAGACCACUGCAGUUGUCUUCUAAUAGAUUGCUCUGAAUCCAAUUUCUGAUUAGUAGAAUCCAUCCUUUGUAUUCCUCCCCAUGCUACAUUUCCAAAUAUUGAUAUGAUGUACUUAUUCAAUCAAAACAAAUUAUACAGAAUGUAGUCCAAAUUCUUUACCAUGGCAUUCAAGGCUCUCCAUAUACUGGCCUUGGAUUCCUAGCUGGCUAGCUCAUUGCAGUUAGGAGUAUGUUUCUUAAAAUAUCUGGAUAGAGCAGUAAGUUCUCUGUCUCUGGAGGUGUGUGUAUAUUUAUGUAUACACAUUUGUUUUACUGAUGGGAUCAUUAACAUUACUGUCAUGCAUCAUGAUGGCUUAGCUGGAAAUGUUGUCAAAUAAAAAACAGGGCCAGACAGUAGCUGAAGUGGCAAAAACACUGUAUUCAGGAACUACUGCAAUAAGAGAAAAGAGAUCUCAAUACAGAGCUGGGCUCAAUUCCAAAUACAGCAUGGACAAGUGGGGAUUUAAAGCCAAAGGGGCGUUGGGUCAAAUGGAUGGAAACUUACUAAUAGGAAACAUCAGGGGUGGGAGGGUUCUGAUUAAACAGACCUAAUAGGAUAUUUGCUGAAGGCAGGCCAGUGUGGUCUGAUACUAACGGUAGAAAAUGAAGAAUUUGAUCAGGUAUCGACGGUAAUAAGGUAUGAAGGGUUGGGGUUUCUCUCUCAAUGGCUAUAGCAAGACUCUUGCUACAACUCGGUGAUUCAGGCUCGACAGGAUUGGAAGCCAAGAUCAAAGCCUGAUCGGAAAGACUUAGAUGAGCCUGACCAAAGUUCAGCCAAGGAGAGUUUUUGCCAGUGUAUUCACACUCCGUGUGUGUGUGGUAUGUGUGUCUCUGUACUAUUCUAAUUUACCAGGCAGGGGCUCCCUGGCCAUGAGAGCAGUGUCACCAUCUUUUGGGUAGAACAGCAGACACAGAGAAGGCCCACUGUAGACAGUUAACUACCUGGCUCUUUUUUUAGCAUGGGAAAGGAAGACGAGUCCUGAUUUUCUUUCAAUAUUCCUCAGGUAUAUUGAUCUGACCCCCAAAUUACAUAAGAUCUGCAGUGAUAAAACCAUUACCCAAAAAACUCACUGUCUUUUAUCACUUAUAUCCUCAGCAUUAUCAUCAGCAAUUGUCUUAAUAUAAGUCUGGAGGCAAAAAAAGGCUUACACUAAGUAUGCAUACAAAAGGGCCAAAUACAUUGAGCAGCAAAACUCCCAAAGCAGAUACCGCCGGGGACCUGCAGGAGCGCUUCCGCAAAUCUCGCGAGAUAGCAGGCAGCGAUGCCUUUUGCUCCGGUUUCUCGUGAGAGCCCGGGGCUUCAGCUUCCCGUUUGUUGAGCCCGCGGUGGCGUUUCCUGGGGCAACAGCAAUGGCGGGCUCGCUGUCCGAGCGGUUCUUCUCGCUGGAGCUGCUGGUGGACUGGGUGCGUUUGGAAGCUCGGCUGAUGCCGCCCCCAGCUGCCGCAGUGGAGCAGGAGGAAGAGGAGGAGGAAAAGGAGCAGGGGGAGGUCUCGUCGCCGCGCGGUGUGUGCCCAGCCGUGGCCUUCCGCCUGCUGGACUUCCCCACGCUGUUGGUUUACCCUCCUGACGGCCCUGGCGCUCCCGCCCCCGAACCAUGGCCCGGCGUGAUCCGCUUCGGUCGCGGCAAGUCCUGCCUCUUCCGCCUGCAGCCUGCUACCCUGCACCGCCGGCUUCUGCGGACCCCGCUUGCCACCUUGCUGCUGCAGCUGCCCCCCGGGCGCCCGACGCCCACCCCACAGCUCCUGGGGGCCUGCGACAUUUCGCUGGCCACCGCGGCCCGCAGGGUUGUGGGGCCGGCCGCCACCGGAUGCUCCCACCGUCACCGGGGACGUUUCCCCCUGCAUAAUCAAGUGGGCGAGCGGACUGGGGAUAUUGCACUGGCCUACCGCCUGACUGACCUGGGAAGCCGCCUGCUGGGCCAACUUGAGCGGCCCCUCACCGUCACCCCCACAGGAGGCGGAGCGGAGGUCAGUCCCCAAACCCAGCAGGAAAGACAGCAGCUACAGCAGCCAGUCUCACAGCCAAGCCCCAGAGAGGCUGAUAGGCCGCUGGGAGAGUUAGAAAUCCCAGAGGCACAGAAGGAUUUGAAGGAAAUGGUUUUCCAAAGUAAGGCUGAAUCUGAUAAUGUGGGUUCUGUGGAGAAUAGCAAAACCAGUUCUGUUGUUACAUGUUCAAGUGCUGUCAGUGGGAGAAAUGUUAGCUCCCUACAUGAGGAAGUCACAGAAUUGGACAUGGAGACCAAUAUAUUUUGCCCUCCUCCUUUGUAUUACACUAACUUGACCCAAGAAAAACCGCCCCCUGCACAGGCUAAAAUCACCAUUGAGCCUCAAAUGAAUGUACCUGAGGAAUUGGAUGGUGCUUCUCCUGAAAAAAAGCGUGUAAAUCCCCCAACAGACAGGAGUUAUCUAAAACAUCCAAGUUCUGCAACACAAGAGCAUCCUCCAGUGCUUGUAAAUCCUCCACAUAUUCAGGAUAUAGGAGCAACUAAUCAAACAUGUCAAACUGAACAAAAUAGAAUUAAUACAAUAAGGCAGUUGCCUUUGUUAAAUGCUUUGUUAGUUGAGUUGUCGUUGUUGUAUGACCAACCUGUGACAAGUCCUGCUCAUAUACAUCCUCACCUAGCCUGGUUAUACAGGACUGAGGAUAAGAAGUCACCCAAAUCUUCUGCCAAAUCCACAUGCCAGUCUGAAUCCAAGAAGGAUAAGCGUUCUAUGGGGGUAUGUGAAAAGUCAGUGAGUCUUCAGUAUAAAAAGAGCCAAAUUGAAAACUGUAAGAAAGAUAAAUAUUCUGAAAAGAGCAGUGGUACCUUCCAAAAAAGAGUUCCAAAAGGGAGGCUACUUUAUGGCUUAACAAAUACAUUAAGACUACGUUUAAAGCUGACAAAUCCUGAAAUGUUGGUGGUACAUGAAAAAAGAGAACUAUAUAGAAAAUCACAGUCACAAAUGUUGGGUACAAAAUUCAGAAUUCCAUCAUCCAAAGUUAAACUAUUAAGCUCUGCAGAACAAAGUCAGGAGCCACAACUGCCUAAAGAUGAGUAUUUAGAUUCAGAUGCAUCUUUUACUGAAAAUAGUGAUACCUCAAGACAAAUCAGUGGAGUUUUUGAUGAUCCCAAAACAAGUAAAGAAACUAAACUGAAAUAUGCAACUGAAAAAAAGACAGUUGAUUGUAGUAAAAAUAGAAUCAAUAAUGUUUCAUUCGAAGAAGUUGUGAGUCCUGCAAAUUCCAUUAUUCCAGAAAGGCUUACCCCUACAAAUAUUUUGGGAGGAAAUGUGGAAAUGAAAAUCCAAAGUCCGUGUGUUUUCCAACAGGAUGCUGUUGUUGACAGAAUUGUAGAUAAAGAAAUAGGUAUUAGACAAGUCAAAACCACAGAUAAUGACAUUCUUAUGGCUGAUGUAAGUGACAAUAGACCAGAUAAGAAUAGUUGCUAUGAAAACAUCUCAGAACUGAAGUAUUCAGAUGACUUGUCUAGCCCUUGCUAUUCUGAAGAUUUCUGUACCACUGAGGACACCAGCAGAAGUAAAGCUCAUGAUAGCAGUUCAAGGACAGAAAAUCCAAAACAUAGUCAAUAUACAAGGAAGUCUAGUGAAACAAGAGCGUCCAAAAAGAAAGAUAGUAGUGACAAGAGUUCUAUCCUUAGCCCACCUUUUUCAGCUGGGUCACCUGUCCACUCAUACAGAAAAUGUCAUAUUUCAAAGACUCGGGAUAAAAGUUUGGAGGAAGCAUCUAGCAUCUCGGCUAGUGAUUUAUCUUCAUCACAUUGGACUGGCGAAAAAGAAAACUGGAUAGAUCAAAACAGUAUGCACAAUUCUAAAAUUACAAAGAGAGGUCAAGACGUCUCUGUUAAAACCAGUAGUAGUUGGAAAUCUUUAGAAAAAAGCCAGUCACCACGAACAUCCCAAGUGAGUUCUUACCCGCCUUCAAAUGUGUCCGAACUAGAACUUAAUGUCCUGGAUAGCAGUACAUCAGAUCACUUUGAAGAAGACAGUGAUGAUGUUGGUUCACUAAAUAUUUCCAAGCAAUGCAAAGAUAUUUGUGAAUUAGUAAUAAAUAAACUUCCAGGAUACACAGUGUAAAAAUACAUGCUUUUAAAAAACUUUCAACAACCUACGUGUACUGUUAGUGAAAAAAAUUUUAAAGCUGUUUUAGUUCAUGAAUUAUGUGAAUAAUUUUUUAAAGAAAUAUGAAUGUUACUCCUUUGAUGUUUAAAUAGUAUUCUACCAUUAAAUCUGAUAAUAUUGACUAUUAAAUCAUAUAAACAGAUUUCUUUUUAAAUUGUUUAAUCAUAAGAAUAAAAGUAUAUCUUU